GCGGGGGCGGGAGUGGGGCGGGGGCGCCAGGAGCCGGAGGCCGGCGCCCGCCCGCCUCCCCCAUUCAUUCAGCAGAGCCCGGGGGCCGAGGGGCUCCGCGGCCAGCUCUGCUCGGCAGGACCUCGGGCGCGGCGCCCCAGCCAGCGCGCAGGGCCGGGCCGGCCGGGGCGCUUCCUCGCCGCUGCCACCUUGGGCGUCGCGCAGCCCGCGAACCACCAUGUCCGACCCCGCGGUCAACGCGCAGCUGGACGGGAUCAUUUCAGACUUUGAAGCCUUGAAGAGGUCCUUUGAGGUCGAGGAGGUCGAGACGCCCAACUCCACGCCACCCCGGAGGGUCCAGACCCCCCUCCUCCGGGCCACAGUGGCCAGCUCCACCCAGAAAUUCCAGGACCUGGGCGUGAAGAACUCGGAGCCCGCCGCCCGCUAUGUAGACUCCCUCAGCCAGCGAUCCCCCAAGGCGGCCCUGCGGAGGGUCGAGCUGUCGGGCCCCAAGACCGAGCUCGUGUCCCGGCGCACCGAGCUCUCCAUUGACAUCUCGUCCAAGCAGGUGGAGAACGCCAGCACCCCUGGGCCAUCCCGGUUUGGGCUCAAGCGGGCCGAGGCGCUGGGCCACAAGACGCCAGAGCCCACCCCCCGGAGGACGGAGAUCACCAUAGUCAAGCCCCCAGAGCCAGCCCACCGGAGGAUGGAGACCCCCGCCUCCAAGAUCCCCGAUGUGCCCGCCGCCCCCACCACUGAUGCUGUCCCCAAGAGGGUGGAGAUCCAGGUGCCCAAGUCAGCUGAGGUGCCCGCCUGCCCUGUCCCAGCCCAGAUCCUGGAGAAUUCAGAGCCCACCCCGAUGUCUCAGCUGCAGAGCCGGCUGGAGCCCAAGCCCCAGCCCCCCUUGGCCGAGGCCCCACCCAGGAGACAGGAGGCCACCGAGGCGGCUCCCGGCUGUGCUGGCGACAUGGCCGACACCCCUAGAGAUGCUGGGCUCAAGCAGGCCCCCGCCCCACGGAAUGAGAAGGCCCCUGCGGACUUUGGCUACGUGGGGAUCGACUCCAUCCUGGAGCAGAUGCGCAGGAAGGCCAUGAAGCAGGGCUUCGAGUUCAACAUCAUGGUGGUCGGGCAGAGCGGCUUGGGGAAGUCCACCUUGAUCAACACGCUCUUCAAAUCCAAAAUCAGCCGGAAGUCGGUGCAGCAGCCCGCCGCGGAGGAGCGCAUCCCUAAGACCAUCGAGAUCAAGUCCAUCACGCACGAUAUCGAGGAGAAGGGUGUCCGCAUGAAGCUGACGGUCAUCGACACGCCGGGCUUCGGGGACCACAUCAACAACGAGAACUGCUGGCAGCCCAUCAUGAAGUUCAUCAACGACCAGUACGAGAGGUACCUGCAGGAGGAGGUCAACAUCAACAGGAAGAAGCGGAUCCCCGACACACGCGUGCACUGCUGCCUGUACUUCAUCCCGGCCACCGGACACUCCCUCAGGCCCCUGGACAUCGAGUUCAUGAAGCGCCUCAGCAAAGUGGUCAACAUCGUUCCAGUCAUCGCCAAGGCGGACACGCUGACCCUGGAGGAGAGGGUCUACUUCAAACAGCGGAUCACUGCUGACCUGCUGUCCAAUGGCAUCGACGUGUACCCCCAGAAGGAGUUUGACGAGGAUGCGGAAGACCGGCUGGUGAACGAGAAGUUCCGGGAGAUGAUCCCGUUCGCCGUGGUGGGCAGCGACCACGAGUACCAGGUGAAUGGGAAGAGGAUCCUCGGCAGGAAAACCAAGUGGGGCACCAUCGAAGUUGAGAACACUGCACACUGUGAGUUUGCUUACCUGCGGGACCUCCUCAUCAGGACGCACAUGCAGAACAUCAAAGACAUCACCAGCAGCAUCCACUUCGAGGCUUACCGGGUGAAGCGCCUGCACGAGAGCAACAUGUCCAAUGGCGUGGAGGACCCGGAGCCCGAAGCACAGGAGAUGUAGACCCGCCCCGCCCCCAGGACCCCGCCCCCAGCCCCAGGACCCGCCCCCAGCCCCGCCCACUCGCCCUAUCAUUUUCUCUCCUAUCAUUUUCUCCAUUUGUCAUCAUCCUCUGCCCCCCACCGCCAAGGACAAGAUAACGAGUCCCCCGAGUGUGAUCGUUACUGGGUUACUGGCCGUGCCUGAGGUCUGGGAGAGGCUGGACCACAGCCAGGAGAGGCAGGCAAGGGCCUGCCGAGUCCAUGCCUGCCCCGACCCUGGGCCCAGCUCUGGGGGGCUGCAGGAGUAGCCUGUGCUCUUGGCAGCCCCGCGCCAGCAGGGGGUGGGGAACCGGAGCCCCCUCCGGUCGUCACCCUCCUACACUGCCUGGGCCGGGACUUGUACCACAUACCCCAGCGAGCCCUCCUUGGGCCCCUUGGCCCCCGCCAAGGGGAGAGGAGUUCAUCCCACGAGACGGAGGUUGCCAAUUGCUUAGAUGCGGUGAGGCCCACGGGCCACCACCCGCCCACCAGCCUGUGAGCUCACCCGGAGCAGAAAGUGCCUUUAUCGCCGACGUCCACUCCAGCCUGCAGACUCCCAGCCGGCCCCCUGGAUGGGAAAUGGGGACGGGCUCGAGAGGAGGUGUGUCUUCAUCUCCCCGCUGUCCCCCUAGCUGGGAUUUGAUCGGGGGUUCAAAGGGAGAAAAGAGAUGCACCCCCACCCCAGCAAGUGAGUCUGGUGAGGCAGUUGAGGGAGGCAGGUUCCCAAAAGAAGGGAGGGGGAGGCUGGGUGGGCUGAGGCUGGGUGUUCAGUGGUCCCAGCGGCCUCGGUGCCUGGCCUGUGUGACUGAGCAUGUGCUUGCGUGUCUCCAUCCAUCUGUCCGUCUGGACACCCAUUGGGCCCGAGAUGCUCUAGUUAAAUUAAGGCCCAGGUGGCCACCCAGCUGCACACCCAGCCUCCGCGGCCUGGCCCUGGCUGCUCUGUGGCCUGGGGAGGCGGAAGCUGGGCAAGCCUGACUUCCUGUUGCCCUGAGUGCGCCUGGGUUCCUGCACCCAGGGCCCGUGGUGAAGACCCCCAAAGGGAGAGGCCAAGGGUCAGGGCACCCAGCCCACCCCUGACCCUGCGGCUCCAUGAGGGGACCUGCGGGAGCCGUUCACUUGUGCGCAGCAGGCCCGAGGGGCUUCCACAUUGCACGCUCACUCCCCACCUCCCAGAGGAGGGGCCCCUUAGCAAACAGUUUACUUGCCGACUUGCCGUGUUUUUGCCAAAACCGUGACUCCGCAGGGCGUGCCCACCUCCAGCGCUGCGCCGGAGCAGCGUGGGACACUCCCCCCCGGGUGGGCACGCUCCGCCAGGCCCCGUGCUGCCAGGGCUCCGGCGUCCGGCCCUGGGAUGCCUUUGCUUCCCUUCUCCGUAGCCAGAAAAACCGUCCGUUUCACGGGGCGUGUUCCGCAGUGGCCUUUGUCUAUGUGCCUCCUGAGAAAUCCGUCUCUUUUUGUAUAAAUAACGAAGUGUUGAAAAUGUAUUUCCUGAAAUAAAUGUUCCAAAUGCGGA